AUGAACGAGUCGAGAGCCGUAGCGAUGAGAGGAAACAACUCCCUCGACCGCUCCCGCAUGUCCUAUGACUGUGUGACGGACAAGAGAAGAGCAAAGGCAAGCUGCCUCUCCAAGGUGACGCCUGCUUGCCCUCUCGAGGUGCUGCUGACGCACAAGCAUCGCGAGCAGACGAUCUCCGCGGUCCUCGCGACCGAGCAGGAGUCAUGGUGGAUGUCGAGGAUACGCGAGAUGUCGUGCAAGGAUCUCAAGAGCAUGGUCAGGAUCUCAGCGCUAGAGCAACAGCUUGUGAGCGAGCAGACCAAGAUGAAGAUGCUGGAAGAGAAGCUGAGGGCUGACAUGCUGCUGCAUGGCAAGAAGCGCUUGCCGGAGCUGACAUGGCUGUACAGGUCUGCAAGCCUGCAGGCAGAGGAGAACAAGUCGUUUGACAUGACUCAAGUGCUGAAGAUGCAGGAGGACCGUCACAAGCAAGAGAUGAAGAGGCUGCGAGAAGAGUCGCAAGGCCGCGUCGCUUGUCUCAAGGCGAGUCUGCGCUCCUUGCGUGCUCAGCAGCAGCAGCAGCAGCAGCAGCAGCAGCAGCAGCAGCAGCAGCAGCAGCAGCAGCAGCAGCAGCAGCAGCAGCAGCAGCAGCAGCAGCAGCAGCAGCAGCAGCAGCAGGUGGAGAAGCAGGAGGAGGAGCAGUGGGUGGAUGCUUGUAGAGCUGGUGACAUGCUGGAGCAGAGCAAGCUGAGGGAGGUGAAGGCUUCAAACGAGUCGAUGCAGCAGGAGAUCGAGCGACUGAAAGGCCUCGAGCUCGAGGUCGAGCAGCAGACGUCAAGGUGCGAUCGAUUGCCGUUGCAGCCGCUAGUUCGAGGUUACGGCUGCAACAGAGGCGACGGGCUGGAAGAAGACAAGACAAGGCUGAAUGGGAGGCUGGAGGAGAUGGAGGGAGAGAUGGAGAGCAGGAGGCAGAUAGAAACGCAGCAAGGAGAGCAGAUCGCAAGAGCUCUUCACGACCUCAACCUCUGCCGUCAGCAGGUCGAGGACCUGAGGAGCUCAAGCUUGUUGCAUGUGAUACCUCAUACUGCCUGUCUUGCUGGGCGAGACGCGCGUGUGAAGUUGCGUGUCUGCAAGGAACAAAAGCUGGAGGAAGCGGAAGAAGCGAUGAAGGAGGUCGAACAGAAGCUACAAACAUCAGAGAGCAUGCGGGAGGUCAACGUAGAGGAGCUGGAGAAGGCGCGACAAGACAAUCAGGUCUUACAGCAGAAGAAUGAGAUCUUGAGCAACGUCUUGGAGAGCUUGCAGGAGGAUAUGCGGGGGCUGCAGGUGGAGUAUGCGGAGAUGAGGGAAGGGAAAGCUGCUUCAGACGGCAAGAUUGUAGAGCUGAUAAGACAGUUUCAACAAGAGAAAGAUGAGUAUGCUGAGGCGAUGGAAGAGAGACUGAAGCAAUCUGAAGAGAGAAUCUCCCACACUUUGAAGGAACUACGUCAGCUGAACCACAGACAACAGAGCGAGAAGAAGAUGUCUUCUUACACAAAGCACAACUCUCAUCUUCGAGACGAGAUCUCGUGUUUGACGCGUGCUCUCCAUGUGCUGAUGACCCUGCAGCUCGAUGUCGACGAGCAGAUUUCAAAGCUUGAGGGGAUGAUUGAGGGAUUGAUAGAGAGCUUGAAGAACGUCUACUCUUACCAUCAGGCGAAAUAUCAGAACCUCGUCCGUGAAUAUCACUUGCUCUUCAACAGAGCGCGCGACAACGUCUUCGAGAUCUGCCUGCCCUCGAGCUCGCAGAGGUCCGACGGCUCUGCCGUCCUGCAGGAGCUGACGGGGCCGGGCGGGAGCAGGUUGAAGGAGCUGGAGGAGAAGCUGGAGGCGAGGCAGCAGCGGAAUGAAGUGAUGGAGGAGAAGGUGAACGUGGUGAAGAGUCUGGAGUCUGCGCUACAACGAGCUGCUAGUCGAAUCUACACCCUCGAGAUGGAGGUGAAGAAGAAAAGAUGA